CCGAUUAAUAAUUCUGAAAAGAAUCCAUAUUUUCGGUGUACAGCAGUCCUGCGUUCGAUUCGAAAAGAAUGAAGAGACCGCUUCUGCUUCCUCGUUCACAACACUGCUAGACCACGAUUACAGCUUUCAACAGCGAUUUCAUUGCGACUGCGUAUUGUAUUUUCUUAUUAAAUAGAUAUUUUAGUGCUAGAAAGAAGGAAAAAGGGUGAAAUCUAAGGCCCCUCUCCUUUAAUUUAUUUCCAUUUUUUUUAAAAACGACGGUGUUGCUAAGAAAACAUUGGAAGCAUUUCGUUUAUUUUAGCAUCUGGAACGGUUGUAAAUACAUUUCGGAAUAAAAAUGGCUCGCCCUCGGCCCAGGGAGUACAAAGCUGGUGAUCUUGUUUUUGCCAAAAUGAAAGGAUACCCGUACUGGCCAGCGAGGAUUGAUGAACUCCCCGAAGGAGCUGUGAAACCUCCAGCAAACAAAUACCCAAUCUUCUUCUUUGGCACUCAUGAAACUGCGUUUCUGGGCCCAAAGGAUCUUUUUCCAUACAAGGAAUAUAAAGAUAAGUUUGGGAAGUCAAACAAGAGGAAAGGAUUCAAUGAAGGCUUGUGGGAAAUUGAGAACAACCCUGGAGUGAAGUUUACCGGGUAUCAGGCAAUCCAGCAACAGAGCUCAUCAGAGACCGAGGGUGAAGGGGGGAACACAGCUGAUGCCAGCAGCGAGGGUGAGGAGGGGGACUCAAUCGUGGAGGACGGCAAAGGCAAGAGGAAGAGUGACAAGACUGGCUCCAAGCGAAAGAAGGCAUUGUCGACAAAGAAGUCAUCUAAGCUGUCAAGGAAGUCCUCUGGAGAGGAGGAAGGUGAUAAGGACAGUAAGGAGGAAGAUCACAAGAGCAGUUCAGAGGCUAGAGACCCAGAUAACAACACGCAGAACGCAUCAGACACCAAGAAAGCCAGCGAAGGGGUAAAUUCUCGGCACAUUUAAGUUUUGUAUUGAAACUCAUCGCAAAGUAAUCCUGUGUGAUAAUAAAACAAAUUCCAUACAUUUUUCAUUUCGUUUUAGCAGCGCUGACAAGUGAAGUUUUUCAAUCUCACGUUGGAGAACAGUUUUGUGGUGUUUGGUACGAUGGCUGUAACAUCCCACUUUGCCAAUCACACACGUUUUGUGGCCUGGAAAUAAAUCUCAGACAAAUGUACUAAGCAAUUAAGCACUGCUGUACUGCUUAAAUCUCUCUCUUUAGUGAUAACUUUUAAUACGCAUUUGCAAGUGGAAAAUGUACUGUCUGUCUGUCUCUGUCUGUCAUCUACAAUAAAAGUUUGCAAACUUCACAAAGUCUUGUAAAUAAUACCAACGUACAAAACCUGUUAGUGUUUGUUAUAGAUAUCCAAUGCCAGAACAACAUCCUUUUUCAAAGAAAUAAAACUCCAGCAGCAAACCUGCCAACACAUGGUGGAAAAGGUGAUUAUUUAACGAAAACAGUAGAUACAGUGUGUUAAACUAUCAAACCCAAUAUGCUUUCCUGUAGGGGAUGGUGCAUAAUCUUUUCAUAGCAUCGCUCCUAACUCCCAGUCCUGAAUGCCUGAAACUAAGCUGAAAUAAAGUGUAUUAGGAAUUCUAAAAAAGGCAUAUUCAACCCACCAAAUGGUGCCGUGCAUGCAGUGUCUCAGUGAUACAGAGAUACAUGUUUUAAGAAUGCCCAAACAAGAAAAAUGCAUGCAUGUAGGUUUGAAAGAAGGAUUUUACGAACAUAGAAGACAUGCAGACUGACCCUUAGGCAUAAAGUGAAGACUAUUCCAAGUCAGGUUUGACACAACGAGAUGUGUUCUAUGUCUGGUUGUGGAGCAUUAAAAGCAUUUGACAGGAGGGCAGGCUGUUUGAAAUGGCUAGCCUGUGGCUCUUACUGCAAUGGAGUCAAAUCUUUGAGUGGCAAGUUAAAAACUUUCUUUAAAGACCUAUUCAAACCAGACGUGAUGCAACAAGCUAGUGUGUAGUAUGAAACACCACGACAAAAAAAUAAUACGACAUGUAGUUUGGAUACAAACAAUUCAAACUGCCUGCAAUGUGACGGGGCAACACUGAACCGAUGCUAGAUGCUAAAAAAUAGGAUUGGUACUAAUCGGUUCUGACCAAUGACCAAUCAGAGGAGAGUCGCCUAUCGCAUUGCGAGUGCCUGACGCCACUGGUGUGAAAAGCAGUGUUGCAGCGAAAGUAUCGUUUAUCACAGAACAAAUUGCAUCGCGUCCGUUAUGAAUAGGCCUUAACAGUCCUGAUUUCUUAAUUUUGUUGGUAUUUUUUGUAUGAUUUGUUUUCUGCUUGUUUUUCUUUUUUUAAUAUCGAAAAACGCCAUUUUUUCUUUUAUUGGAUAUAUAUUAAUAAUAUCAGAUCAGAUCCCAUCAUCAAAGGUGGCCCUUGCUCCUGGUUUUAGGUUAAAGCAAAAUUGCUUUUCAGCGAUUUUACAAAAAAAAAAAAAAAGAAUAAUGUAUUAACAAGAAGAGGAAAUAAUAAUUUUGAUGGAAUAGGAGUUGCAUAAUUACUGAGAAACUGGAAGAGAUAAAAAUGUAGUAGCUGAAACAUUUCAGAUUAGUUUUAGGCGUCACCAAUGUAAGCCUUCAGAAGCAGUUUCUAUUUUACCCAAACACUUCUGCUUUAGAAAACUGUUUAUGAUGACCCCAUUUAUCGGCUUUGUGAUUUUAUAGCCUGGUUCAUCAAUUCUGCUUUGAAAUCCUUCACUUGAACUUCAGCAGUCUUUAUAGCAAGCAGUAUGCUCUUCUGUCUUUAACGGUAAUGUAUGUAUUUUUUUUUUUCCAGACCUAAUUACUCAGAGAAGAAUGCUAAAUGUUGUAAGGCCCCCUUAAGGGAGUCAUUUGUUGUGGCUGUCAAGUGUUACUGGAGUUGUGAAAUGAUCAUUGCUUUUCCAUUGUCUGCGACAAUACAAAGGUUUCCAUUAGUAGAAGCUCACACACACUUCGUCUGUCUCUCCACAUUGAAAUCCUUUGCAUUCAGUAAAGCACGAUCACCCUGGUCCUGUCACAUCAGUACCACCGAAGUUACUGUCAACAAGAUCCCCUUUAUUUUUCCAAAUACCAUUUCCAGAACACACACAAUCUGUAAGUAUGUGUUACAGUGUUCAGAUCAAACUUGUAAAGUAGUUAACUGUGUUUUGUUUUUGUUUUUGUUUUUUUUGCAUUCAAACAACAGAACAGUUAAGCUAACGAAUAGUCUACCUUUAAGAUCGCUAAUGGCCCCAUUAGUACGUGUUACCUCUCAAUUAAGAGUUUACAAUUGUAAUUGUGUUAUUUCAUUACAAUUAUAAUAAUUGUUAUUUUUUAUGAAGGAAAAUCGAAUGCUCGUGGCGUGUCUAACUAGCAUUUUCAUUUUCUUGCGAAGUUCAAAGCAUACUGUGCAGGGUGACCCUUGCUUUUCGCUCAUGUCCUGAAGGGGUCUGAUCCACAGAGCAUGGUUAAUGGCAGGUGAUUUGACCUGGUGCCCACUUUUAAGAUGUUGCACAAGCUCUCGCUGUUUCAUUUCAGGACUGUGUUGGAAACAGGUCCUAUAUUUUUUUAAUUAAUCUUCAGAAGCAAGCUCAAAUCUACUGUAAUUCUCUACUCUAAAUCUAAUUACAUCUUGGUUGGAACAGAGUCCUGAAACGGAAUAGAAUAUAAUGGAAAGGAUAAAAUUGCCUACCAAUAACCAGGCUGCUGUUCUUGGGAAACCUGUCGCUCCAGGCAACCAACUUCUCCCAUCAGGUUAUUUGAACUAACUUUUCAUUAUGACUGCACAUAAAAACUUCGCUCAGAGUGGGCUACAAAAACCCUGCCCUUUCCUGAUCACAUUCCACCAGUUCAGAACGCAAGCAUUCCGUUAACAAUCUGCAACAGUUACCUUUUGCUUUGUUGUUUUUUGUCGAUAGAAAGAAUAUAUUAUAUUUAUUUUGGGAUUUUUGGUUUACAUUUUUGUUAUGCUUGUAAUUUAAACAUGUUUUACAUAUUCAAGGUUUGUAGUUUAAUGUAAAAGAAAUGUUUUUUGCUGUUUAUGGAAAAUAAUUUUACAGAAUAAAAUUAUUGUAAUGCAGAA